AUGCUUAGUGCUAAGAGAGGCCCCAUUCCCACAGCUCUGCUGCUCACCGCGGCAUCUGAAUUUGUGCUUGCCGCGAGCCCUCCCACUGCCACCAGUGCGCGCUUCGCCAGCCCCCAUGGGACGCCCAUCAUGUCUCCCCUGAGGGAGCAGUACGGCCUCUGCAGUCCCAUCGCCACCCCUAUCACGGCCUUCGCUCCUCGAUUCAGCGUUCCUCUCAACACUCCAGCCACCGCCCACUGGAAAACCACCACUUUCUUUGAUAGCGAGGACACCAUCAAGGAGGAGGACGAGAUGGAGGCCGCCGCCCCCGUUCUCCCAGAGGACGACGCCAAGCCCAGCAAGUGGAAGGUCUUUGACAUGACGCACUUCCCCGGCCUGGCUGCUCUGUCGGCCAUUGCCGCAGCGCCCGCGCCCUCCCCGCGCGAGGUUCCCGCCGACGCGACCGAGGAGGCCGUGCACAGGAACCUCCAGGACCGUGGCCUUAAGGCCCGCAAGUGGAAGGGGAUUGACUUCUCCGACUUCCCGGGCAUCUCCCAGGCCGCCAACUUCGUCAAGAGGACCUCGACCAUCGUCAUCGACCAGGAGGCCGAUGACAUCCUUAACAGGAAGCUCCUGGUCGAGGGCGCCGAUGGAGAGAAGGUCCAGUACCCCAGGAGCCCCUACCCUAGCUUCGCCGGUUGGGAACUUCCGGACGAUGUCGUGGACAGGGAGGCGGAUGAUAUUCUUAGGAACAACCUUCAUUUGCAGGAGCGGGCCGUCUCACCCCGCAUGAUGAUUUGA